AUGUCCAGCCCAGGUCAUCCUCCCAAGCGUAGGCGCUCACACGUUUCCCACGGCGAGCCCUUGUCUCAUUCGUCCUGUCGCAGGGACCUCUCCAUCUCCCUUCCCCCUCCUUCCCUCGCGGAGGUCCCCUUCCAGCCCCUCUACCACCACCCCUCGGACUGCCCCUUCCCGGUCGUCAUGGAGGACGCCUUCCCCGCCGAGCCCUACCGCUCCCGUCACAGCGACGUCAAGAGCGCUGUGCACUGGGGCCAGCGCAAACUGCUGUUGUCGGAGAUUCAGCUGCUUGCGAUGUACGGCGAGCCAGGGGUGGCUUACCACAUUGUCUACGUGGGGUCCGCCCCGGGGACCCAUCUCGGUUUCUUGGAUGAUCUCUUUGCCUAUCGACAUACCUGGGAGCUGAUUGACCCCGGGGAGUUCGACCUCGCGGUGCUCGCAAAGCGACCGAAUAUGAUCUUGCGGAAUGAGUUCUUCACGAACUACACCGCCUAUGAUAUUAACGUGCGACGGUUAACCGAAGCGCUUCCGUCUUUAGGGAAAAUUUAUCGUUUCCUUACACUGGAGUCGAUGGAUUCACACGAGAAAGAAAUUCACAAGUCUCUGCGUUCGGCGCUGGGGACCUUAGACGUUGCUAGGGGAACAGAGGAUAUUCCGUCGAUGUACGAGCCCCUACUCCAAUUACCACGUGGAUUAGAGCUGCUUUGCAUUGUAGGUAUGGAGCAUGCUAAACCGCUGCUUUUUAUUUCGGACAUUCGGUCUGGGAGUUUGAGUUUGCCAAAUUUUGAGGAUCAUGUCGCGGAGAACAUGCAGGCGCAGGAGGCAUGGACGAUGAUUUUACAGGCAACUUAUAGUAUGCUGAAGUUUCGCCUGCCGUACACGCGAAAGGCAAAAAGUUUUGGUGGGCGCGAUGUGGUAGAGGAGACUCGAUUAAUCCGCCCGGAUGGUUGCGUCUCUUACCUACACGGAGAUAUUUUGCUGCCUAUAUGGACGCGUCCAACGAGCACGGAAGGGAGGCUUGUUGUUAAGCAAGGGGCCGUGCAAAAAGACUAUAACGUAGCUCAUAUAGAGAACCAAUUCUUUUUCCUGAAUGCGCGCGUUCGCGAGCAGAUCCACUUUAAUCAUUUUAUGGAUUCGAGGAGUUAUCUGGAUCAUCAUUUUGAUGGAACGGCGGAAGUGAUGUGUUUGAAGAGGUACCUUCAAUUUAUGUUUCCACAACUAAACGAUGCUUCUGAUGAAGUGCUUCGAGAUGAAGUCGGGCGAGUUUCGAAUUCUAUUACCAAACAUUUAGGCGUCACAUUUAAGAAUACGAUCCACAAGAGAAAUGCGCUCCUGAUUAAACAAGCUCGAAGUAAUGGGGUUAGCCGAACUUCUUUUUUCAAAGUUAAGUCUGAUAAGGCUCAAACUGUAACAAAUUCCGAAAAUAGCGUAGAUUGUGCACACUCCGAAGAUCUGAAAAGAGACAUAUACGACGCUGAAAAGGAAGAUUCCUCGACGGAUAGAUACAACAAUUUGCGAGAUUCAUCCAAAAGUGAAACUGCACAUCUUAUGAAUGAAUGGGAGGCUUUCACACGGCGAAUGAUUUCUUUAGCAGAAAGGGAGAGGAAUCGUUUAAUUUGGAGGACAAACAUUGACGAAUCCAAAUAUAAUCAGCCUAGCGGGUUCUGGGUAACCACAGAGAUCAGGAUGGCGUAG